AUGAAUGCAUCGCGAUCGCGUCCUCCAUUGGAGAUUUUCUGCUAUACAGACACCACACACACCGUGGACACCCCUUACCCUGCUGAAGCCGCCUACCCUGCCCACGCCGCCUACUCCGCCUACUCCGCCAACUCCGCCUACUCCGCCAACUCCGCCUACUCCGCCAACGCCGCCUACGCCGCCAACUCCGCCUACGCCCCAUACACCUCACACACCCCAUACUCCGCCUACGCCCCAUACACCUCACACCCCACACACCCCACACACCCCACACACCCCACACACCCCACACACCCCACACACCCCACACCCCCACACACCCCAUACACCCCACACACCCCAUACACCGUGGAGACCCCGUACCCUGCCGAAGCCGCCUACCCUGCCGACGCCGCCUACGCCGCCAACGCCCCCUACGCCGCCUACACCGCCUACCCCCUACGCCGCCUACACCCCUACGCCGCCCACUCCCCCUACGCCGCCUACUAA